AUGUUUUGUGUUGCUUUUCUAGUCAAUAAACACAAGCCAUGGAUUGAGACAUCAUAUCAUGGAGUCAUUACGGAGAACAACGACACAGUCAUUUUGGAUCCUCCACUGGUAGCCCUGGAUAAAGAUGCCCCAGUGCCUUUUGCAGGGGAAAUCUGUGCAUUCAAGAUCCAUGGGCAGGAGCUGCCCUUUGAGGCUGUGGUGCUCAAUAAGACAUCUGGAGAAGGCCGGCUCCGUGCCAAGAGUCCCAUCGACUGUGAGCUACAGAAGGAGUACACGUUCAUCAUCCAGGCCUAUGACUGCGGUGUGGGGCCCCAGGAGGCAGCCUGGAAGAAGUCACACAAGGCUGUGGUCCACAUCCAGGUGAAGGAUGUCAAUGAGUUUGCUCCCACCUUCAAAGAGCCAGCCUACAAGGCCAUCGUCACAGAAGGCAAGAUCUACGACAGCAUCCUGCAGGUGGAAGCCAUUGAUGAGGACUGCUCCCCCCAGUACAGCCAGAUCUGCAACUAUGAAAUUGUCACAACAGAUGUGCCUUUUGCCAUUGACAGAAACGGCAACAUCAGGAACACAGAGAAGCUAAGCUUUGACAAACAACGUCAGUAUGAGAUCCUGGUAACCGCUUAUGACUGCGGACAGAAACCUGCUGCUCAGGACACCCUGGUACAAGUGGACGUGAAGCCAGUGUGCAAGCCUGGCUGGCAAGACUGGACCAAAAGGAUUGAGUACCAGCCCGGCUCGGGAAGUAUGCCCUUGUUCCCCAGCAUCCACCUGGAGACGUGCAAUGGCGCCGUGUCUUCCCUCCAGGUCACCGCCAAGCUGCAGACUAAUUACAUCGGCAAGGGCUGUGACCGUGAGACCUACUCCGAGAAAUCCCUUCAGAAAUUAUGUGGAGCAUCCUCGGGCAUCAUCGACCUUUUGCCAUCCCCUAGCGCGGCUACCAACUGGACUGCGGGACUGCUGUUGGACAGCACUGAGAUGAUCUUCAAGUUUGAUGGCAGGCAGGGUGCCAAGAUCCCCGAUGGGAUUGUGCCCAAGAACCUGACAGACCAGUUCACCAUCACUAUGUGGAUGGAACACGGCCCCAGCCCUGGCGUGAGAGCCGAGAAGGAGACCAUCCUCUGUAACUCGGAUAAAACUGAAAUGAACCGGCAUCACUAUGCCCUGUAUGUGCACAACUGCCGCCUCGUCUUCCUCCUGCGGAAAGACUUCGACCAGGCAGAUACCUUCCGCCCUGCAGAGUUUCACUGGAAGCUGGACCAGAUUUGUGACAAAGAGUGGCAUUACUAUGUCAUCAAUGUGGAGUUUCCUGUGGUCACCCUAUACAUGGAUGGAGCAACAUAUGAACCAUACCUGGUGACCAAUGACUGGCCCAUUCAUCCCUCUCAUAUAGCCAUGCAACUUACUGUCGGCGCCUGUUGGCAAGGGGGGGAAGUGGCCAAACCACGGUUUGCACAGUUUUUCCAUGGCAGCCUCGCCAGCCUCACGAUCCGUCCUGGAAAAAUGGAAAGCCAGAAGGUGAUUUCUUGUCUGCAAGCCUGCAAAGAAGGGCUGGAUAUUAAUUCCUUGGAAAGCCUCGGGCAAGGAAUAAAGUAUCACUUCAACCCUUCACAGUCCGUCCUCGUGAUGGAAGGAGAUGACAUUGGGAACAUCAACCGAGCCCUCCAGAAGGUGUCCUACAUCAACUCCAGGCAGUUCCCAACAGCAGGGGUCCGGCGCCUCAGACUCUCUUCCAAAGUCCAGUGCUUUGGGGAAGAUGUGUGCAUCAGCAUCCCAGAUGUGGAUGCCUACAUCAUGGUCCUGCAGGCUAUCGAGCCCCAGAUCACCCUCCAGGGAACAGAGCGCUUCUGGAGACCCGCUGCCCAGUUUGAAAGUCCCAGAGGAGUGACUCUCUUCCCUGACAUCAAGAUUGUGAGCAGCUUUGCCAAAACAGAAGCCUCCGGGGACACAAGAGCCACAGGCACAGCCCCCAAAUCAUCAGUCUUGGAAGAAAUGCUACACAACUUGGAUUUCUGUGACAUUUUGGUGCUUGGAGGGGACCUGGAUCCGAGACAAGAGUGCUUGGAGCUCAACCACAGUGAGCUUCACCAACGACACCUAGAUGCCACUAACUCUACGGCGGGCUACUCCAUCUAUGGUGUAGGGUCCAUGAGCCGCUAUGAGCAGGUGUUGCAUCAUCUCCGUUACCGCAACUGGCAUCCCACUUCCCUUGAGACCCGGAGGUUCCGGAUCAAGUGUUCAGAACUCAACGGGCGUUACACUAGCAAUGAGUUCAACCUGGAGGUCAGCGUCCUCCAUGAAGUCAGAGUCUCUGAUAAGGAGCACGUCAACCACCUUAUUGUGCAGCCACCGUUCCUCCAGUCUGUCCAUCACCCUGAGUCCCGGACUAGUAUCCAACGCAGCUCAGUGGUCCCGAGCAUCGCCACAGUGGUCAUCAUUAUCUCUGUGUGCAUGCUGGUGUUCGUUGUGGCCAUGGGUGUGUAUCGAGUCCGAAUCACCCACCAGCAUUUUCUCCAAGAGACUGAGGCUGCCAAAGAGGCUGAGAUGGACUGGGAUGACUCGGCCCUGACGAUCACAGUCAAUCCUAUGGAGAAACAUGAAGGACCAGGGCAUGGGGAAGAUGAGACUGAAGGAGAGGAAGAAGAGGAAGCAGAAGAAGGUGUGAGCUCCAGCAGCAGCGGAUCUGACGACAGUGAAGAGGAAGAGGAGGAAGGCACGGGCAGAGGCAAACAUGGGCAGAGUGGCACGAGCUCUCAAAACCCUGGAAAAAGCACCUGGAACACAGCAGGAGUCGUAAACAUUUGGAAGUGAAGCACGUAGCUUGUCCCUACUUGGUGAAGACAGAUCACAAAACCCCAUAUUGACUGAGCCAUACAGGAGCAGGUUGACCACACACUUCUCCUAGCUUACAGAAGUCUUUGUGGAUUCCCAUUAGUCCAGGCAGUCCUCAGACAGCUACAGACACUGGGUCUGGAUCUCUGGCAGUGAACGGUGACAGCGCUGUGCUUAGUGGCUUGCACACAUUUAGAACUAUCUGAAUAAUACCCGCAACGCUGUUUCUGCACGAUAGAGUCUGCCCACCCUACCAUGGUCUCUGCCUUUCCCUAUGGACUUGAUAGGUACUAUUGAAUCUGCCGUCUUCAGUUAUGAUGUUGGGAUGAAAUAUAAAGAUUCUGGGUGCAGCCAAUCUCAGGCCCUUCCCUCCUCCCAUCUCUGGAGAUGAUGCCACCAUUUAAAAACCUUGUGUGAGAAGCCUGUUUGUUUGAGUCUGUUGAGCCUGUUCCUCAGUGAUGGGAAAGGCCUGAGAGAGACAGGCUGCUUGCUCUACUGGAGCCUCUCUGGGGUCCACCCUGCAGAGAGACAAAGUACCCUCAUUUAUGGACCCCCCCCCUUCCACCCACUCCUGACUGGGCAGUGGCCAUUAGGUCUGAGCAGCCGGAGUAUCUUUAGCUGAAGCCAGCUUCACCUGGGGAUUAUCUAGCAUGUUCUUGGCACACAUGUUCUGAGCCACUUGAACUGCCUCCAAGAAUGAAUCUUCUUAGUCUACAAAUGUAUUUAUUUGGUAACUAUGCUACUGUGUGUGUAUGAGUCUGAUACAAUGCAAAAGCUUUGAAAUGUCUUAUUAAAAGGACUUACGAAUUUAUAGAAAAUUGAAUCUAACUUCAGAGCAGCGCAUUAUGUUGUCGGUCAAUAAGGUUGCCCAGCCACAGGGGACUGGAGUAAAACCUUACCCUCCCACGCCUUUCCUUGGUACCUUCUCCCUGCCUAAUAGCUCCACUAGAUUCUAACUGAUGCAGAGUGAAGGAUGCCGAGAGUGUACAUGUACAUAAAGAUUUAAUAGAAAAAUAAACUCUGGGAGAAUCAGUUGAGUUUCUUCCCAUGGCUGUGAUCUUAUCAUGCCCGAAUCCCAAACUCUAAAUUUCUUAACAGUUUCAAUUCUUGCAGUUUCUGAGUAAUUUGUUAAAUGCCUAU